AUGAAGUUGGUAACAUGCAUCAUAUUCCUCUGCUUGCUUUUGAGCUCUGGUAGGCUCUCCAAUGGAGGUACCACAAGCAAGUUUGUCAGGAAACCUGCACCUUCUCUGGACAUGCCUUUUGACAGUGAUGUCUUCACAGCUCCUGAUGGAUACAAUGCUCCUCAACAGGUGCAUAUAACACAAGGCGAUUAUUUGGGGAAAGCAGUGAUAGUUUCGUGGAUCACGCCAUUGAAAAUGGGGUCCAGCAGGGUGCUCUAUGGAACUGCAGAGAACAAGAGAAGGUAUACCGCACAAGGUACUGUUACUAGAUACAAGUACCACAACUAUACUUCAGGAUAUAUUCACCAUUGCGUUCUAAAGAACUUGGAGUACGAGACGAAGUAUUUCUAUGAGGUUGGGAUUGGAAAUUCACCUCGCCAGUUCUUCUUCUGGACUCCUCCAAAGGUUGGACCAGAUGUUCCUUAUGCUUUUGGUGUUAUAGGGGACCUUGGGCAAACAUUCGAUUCAAAUGUGACAAUCUCCCAUUAUGAAAGAAACAAGAAAGGGAAGGCUGUUCUUUUUGUUGGGGACUUCUCCUAUGCAGAUCAUUACCCGUUUCAUGACAGCAGGAGGUGGGACAGUUGGGGAAGGUUUGUGGAAAAAAGCUUUGCAUAUCAACCAUGGAUAUUCGCUGCCGGCAAUCAUGAACUCGACUUGGUGCCUGAAGUGGGGGAAACUCAGCCAUUCAAGCCAUACCUGCAUAGGUAUCGUGUGCCAUAUGAAUCAUCCAAGAGCACAUCCCCAUUGUGGUACUCGAUAAAGCGAGGGCCCGCACACAUUAUCAUCCUAUCUUCAUAUUCUGCAUGUGGGAAAUAUACUCCCCAAUACAAUUGGUUGCAAGAGGAGCUACCAAAAGUAGACAGAGAGCAGACUCCAUGGUUGAUUGUUCUUAUGCAUACACCUUGGUACAACAGCGACAACUACCACUACAUGGAAGGAGAGACCAUGAGAGUGGUGUUCGAGCCUUGGUUUGUCGAACACAAGGUUGACGUCGUGUUUGCUGGACAUGUUCAUUCCUACGAACGAUCGGAACGGAUAUCAAACAUCGCAUAUGACAUAGUAAACAGAGAGUGCAGCCCUGUGGACGAUCAGUCUGCACCCGUCUACAUCACCAUUGGAGAUGGAGGAAACAUUGAAGGCCUUGCUAACAAUAUGACGGAGCCACAACCGAAGUAUUCAGCUUUCAGGGAAGCCAGCUUCGGACACGGACUGUUAGACAUAAAGAAUCGAACGCAUGCUUAUUUUAGCUGGCACAGGAACCAAGAUGGGGAUGCAGUAGUUGGUGACUCUCACUGGUUUUACAAUAGAUACUGGAGCUCAAGCCCAAGACGAGUUGGGGGCAGAGAGACGAGGGCUGGCAGGGACAUUGGAUCCCUUUAG